CUACUACUACUGUAGUAUGAACCUCACAUGUAGCAACCCAAAAUCUGACCGCAGCCGGAUUCAUUCUAGGCACCGAAAUAAAAAAGCCAGCUUGACGUCAGGCCAAUUGCGUUUGCAGCUUUGCGGUCUGGAUGACACAGCACUGUUUGCGCUUCAACAAAUCAGCGGCAGCCGAACCCCUUUCCUGAGCAUCCACCCUCUUCACCCACGCUUCACGCCAAGCACGGGACAUGGAGAGGCCAUCAUGACAGGAACGGCGUAUAAGAGUCGGCCGGGACCAAGUCCUAACAUCAUGGUGUGCUCGCCAGCGUCUCUUGUCAUCCCGAGGAUGCCAAAUUCGUCCCGCACAUCGGCCUUCGCAAAUUCGCAAUCGCCCCGACAUAGACGCCGCCAUGGACAAGGAUAAGGGCAAGGAUAAGGACAAGCGCAGUCUGUAUGAUGAGGCCCUGGCCCGUUUCCGCAAGGAGGCGUCCGAGGAACACUCAAGUCCCAAGGACACUGAGCUGCUCAAGGAGUUCUUGCGUGAGCGAGCCACUCCCGAAGAGACGAAGCGAGCUGCCGAGAUGUUGCAGGCCGACGCCGGGAAGAAGUAUGGAAGUCGCAAGAUCGGCGACGCCGAGAUUCCGGGCGACUGGAUCGACAACAUCAUGGCCAACAUCGAGUACUUCGUGGCCGCCGGCGACUUUGUCACCAAGAACGCUCCCGAGAGCGUCGGCAUGGCCUGGUACGCCGUCAAGCUCACCCUGACUGCCAUCCAUUCCAACUACGACCUCUACACCUUCUUCGGCUCUGGCCUGAGUGAUGUCAGCGAGAUUAUGAUCUUCGUGCGUCACUACGACCGCCUUUACGACGAGAGGUCGAACCCCCAAUGGAGGCCCAGCCCUCUUGUCGAGAAGCUGUUGCAGGACGUUGUUAGUGCCUAUGCUGCCGUCCUGGACUUCUCCUUUACCAUCAAGCGCCACCUGACCGCCGGCGCCCUGACUCGCAUCAAGCAUGGCUUCAAGGACUUCUUUGGCCUCUCGAAGCAAAAGUUUGAGGCCAAGCUUGGCAAGGUGGCCGCGCUGAAGAAGGCGAUCCUUGAGGAGAGUGCGGCUGCAUUCCAGGAUAAGACGCUUACGCAGCUCCAAGGCAUGUCCACCGUCCUCGCUAGUAUUGAGGGCACCGUCAGGCAUGUGAGGGACUUCCAGGACACCCAAAAGAAGCUGCAUGAAGAAGCCAUGGCCAAGUUCGACACUCUAAUCAAGGGCUUGGAGGACAUCAAGGCAUCAACGAAACGCAAGACUCAUUGGGACUAUUGUGUGUCCGACUUCCAAACAUUCCAGAAGGACCUGAGCCCGUUGGAAGCUUCUUUCGACGUACUCGGAAACAUUAUCGAUUCGACAUACCCCGGAACCUGUCAAUGGGUGUUUGAAGAUCCGUUGUACAGGCAGUGGGAGGAUACUGCUACGAGCGCUCUCCUCUGCGUCACAGGGCCGGAAGGUUCCGGCAAGUCCUACGUGUUAGCAUCCAUCGCUCAACGCACCAUGGAAGCUGUCGACUCCGGGAGGUCGCUACUGUACGUGACAUGCAGUAGCUCGGCAAGCGGCCACGGGUUGAGCAGCAGCCAGUCAUACACGGCAGACAGCAUCUGCCGCACUCUUCUGUCACAGCUCUACGACUUCGCCGUUCAGGGCGAAGACAAUAUCGGUCUGCUUGAGGCGUGUAAUAGCGUCUUCAAGAAGGCCAAAGACCGGAGCAUUGGUCUGCCAAGCUACAUGCGCGGCGAAAACACCGGCCUACCCGAGUUUUCCGAGGGAUUCUCCCGGAUCGCCUGCCUCCUCAAGAAAAACCUGGUGGUCAUCGUGGACGGUCUGGAUCGGAAUACGGUGGACGACAGGAACCAGGAAGAGCUUCUACGGAAGUUCCAGAGCCUCAUUCGCGCACUUCCUGAGGAAACAGGCGUUUGCCUUCACAUCCUCGUCGGGUGUGCUUCGGCGACCAAGUUCUUUAAUGAAGUGGAUGCGUCUGGCGGCUGGCCUCUUGACGUUGGCUUCGGCAAUCGGGAAGACAUGAAGCUUGUUCUCACAAACGCGCUCAAUGACAUCGCCGGCCUGUCAGCCGCUGAGAGGGAGGAGGCCAUGACUCGGAUCCUCGAGAAAGCCGGCUCACGAUUCGUCUACCUGAUGGACACUGCCAUCCCCUUCAUGCGGGAGCCCUUUCAGAGACCAAUCUCUAAGCGGCUGGAGGCCUUGCCUGGCGGCAUAAGCGACACCUACAAAACGGCGCUGAGCAAGAUGAGCCCUAACUAUGUCGACCUCCUCCGUACCGCCCUCACCUGGACGCUUCUGAGCCCUGACUUUCCGUAUGCGAGAGAGGUUAUGGACUCUUUCCAAGGGACUUACGACAUUCCUCCCGAGACGGCCACACCUGAGGAAGCCGACGCUUUCCCACCGGCUUCGCGUCUUGAGCUCGACCAGCUUCGGGAAGCCACAGACCCCUUCUUGGGGUUGUUUCCAGGCCCUGACGGCUUCCAAAUGUAUCAAACCGACCCGGUAGCCGUUCCUGAUUUCUUCCUCAAGUCGGGCAGCGAGGUGCAGGAAGAGUCGCAAGAUCACGAUCAUCUCUGCGCUCGCUGCGGAUCGUCCCGGGAUUCAGGAAAGCUAUUGCAGGUUGAUCCCAAGGAAGGACAUCUGCAAAUGGCUCUAACGUGUCUCCGUCAUCUAAACCACCCGCUCUUCCAGAGGAGGGCAGGGUUAGUUACCACUGCCGGGCAAGUGAACAGUGGCGUGGAAACUGAAAAUGCGGACGCGGCAGAGAGUAGGGAAGAUGGAGACGAGGCAAUGGACCAGGAAAAGGCAGAAAAGCAAGUUUCACCCGAGAACGAGGCAGACGAGGAGGACCUUAGCCAAGACGCUCAGGAUGGCUAUCAGACCGAGGACUCCAUGGACGACGAAGACGUCAUUGAACCUCAAUUUGAUGGCUUGGUCGACCGAGGCUCUGAAGACGAUGACGAAAGCGACGAUGACGAGUCCACCCGCGUUCGAUACGAGAUCCAGUUCUGGCCUUCGCAUAUACGUCAAGCUGAGGAGCUGUGGCCUGUAGAGGAACGUGGUGAGAGUCCUGAGUGGGCUGCUCUAAUGGGCGAACUCGAUAAGCUCGUCUUUGAGACGCCCGAGGUCUUCGCUGCUUGGCAACGGAAGUACCCCGAGAAGCACGAGAAGGAUGGCCUCUUCCGUAACGACAGCUAUUUCAGCGUCGGCGAUGGCGAUCACAGACCACUGCAUGUGGCCGCCUCUCUCGGCCUUACUUCUUGGACGAGUCACCUCCUCAAUCGCGGGGAGGAACCGAAUGGGUUGUCACAUGGCUUCAGUCCGCUGCAAGCCGCGGCGUGCUCAGAAGGCGGGCUCGAAACCAUGAAGCUACUGCUGGAAGCGGGAUCUGAUGUCAAUGCGGAGAAUGGCGUCGGUCGCAGUGCGUUUCAGCUGUGGUUCAUGUGCGGUGACGUGACCGUCGAAGGAGCGCGGAUGCUCCUAGAGUACAAAGCCGACCCCCAAGUGAGCAGCUCGUUCGACCAUUACAAUGCGCUACAAUAUUUCGCCAGCAGAGGGGAGGACCCUGAGGUUCUCGACCUUCUAUUGGGCUGCGGGGCGGACAUUAACGCAGUGCACCCGGAAGAUCCCUUUAAGUUUCCACCACUGCACAUGGUGCUCAUGAGGCGAGAGGUGCCUGGCCCGCUGCUGGAGGCGUUCAUCAAACAAGGGGCCAACCUGCAUUCGGAAGACGCCGGGUCUAGGAGGCCGCUGCAGAUUAUCUGUUCGAGCGGCCAGCGCGAGGUUCUUAAGAUUAUACUGCAGUCCGAGGGUCUCGAUAUAGACGACAUCGACUUCCGCGGCACGACCGCCCUCCACGAAGCCACGCUAUAUGACUAUAGCGAUAUGAUCCGGACGUUGCUGGAACAUCGCGCAGAUCCUGACAUCAUCGAUAAACAGAACAGAGUGGCGCUGCAUACCGCUGCCAGAAUGGGGUUUUCCGACACUAUUCGGGUCCUUCUCGAGUACACAAAGGAGGUCAACCUUCUCGACCACGCAGGUUGGUCGCCAUUGUUCUGCGCGUGUCUCAGCAGGAACGAGGGGGCCGCGUCACUGAUCCUCGACGCUCUUAUCGAACGCGGCCUGUUAUUAGAAGAUAUCAACAAGCCUACGAGGAGUGGACGGACCGUCCUCCGCCAGGCGGCAGACCACGGUUUCGACGGCGUCGUGUCCAGGCUUAUUCGCUUAGCCUCGGACCGCAACGAUCCUUCAAGUUUGCAUAUCAACGCCCAGGACACCAAGAAGGGCAUGACACCCCUCCAUCGCGCCGCCAUGAACGGCCACGCGGCCUGCGUGCACCUCCUCCUCUCCGCGAACCCGCCAGCCGACGCGUCCCUGACCGACUCCCAAUCGCGUACCGCCCUCGCCCUCGCCUACGAACGGUGGUCCAUCGCGAACAAAACCUCAUCCUACGAGGAAAUCAUCUCGACCCUCAUAGCCGCCUCCCCCGAAGCCGCCGCCGCCGACGCGGACUUGGUCGCCGUGUGCGCCGCAAAUGGCAGCGUCGCGCUCCUCACCCAGCUCUGGCGCCUCAAUGCCGACCUCAGUCGCCCAGACCACUUCGGCUGGACCCCGCUCAACCUGGCGCGGCACUUCCACCACAAGGAGGCCGAGCAGUUCCUCAAGCAGCGCGCCGCGCGUGCCAAUUUGCUGCCGAGCAAGUGGGAGACCCAAUUUCCCGGCACGACGCCCGCGGGGGCGAUUAGCAUCGUCGUGUCCGGUGACGAUGAGGACGAAGGAGGCAGAGGAGGGAAAGAACGGAGGAGGAAUAAGGUCCUACACACCAGCGGCAAGCGCGUGUGUGUCUCGGCAGACCGCCCGCUGCCUGCUGACUUGGAGGGGUAUUAUUUCGAGGUUACUCUGCAGGAGCUGCCUGCUGGUAUUGAAGAGGGUAAAGCGGAGUGGCCCGAGAUGGCCAUCGGCUUCUGCACCCUCGGCGGCGCGGCGCUCGAGUUUCCCGGCUGGUCGGCCGCGUCGGACAGCCCGUCCACGGCCAAGUCGUGGGGGUAUCACUCCGACACGGGCGGGGUGUAUUCCUCGGUGGCGAACAGGGAAGAUUUCGAGGAUGAAGAGUACCGCUAUGCUGUGGGGGAUACGGUGGGAUGUGGUGUGGACUUGGGCAAGGGGGAGAUCUGGUUUACGCGGGAUGGCAAGCGGCUGGAUAGUGUGGUGACGGGAGUCGAGGGGAGGCUGUUCCCUGUUGUGGGACUGCACGAUCCGAUUUGCUUUGAGACGAAUUUCGGCAGGGAGGGAGAUCCGCCGUUUAAGUGGCAGCAGCCGGCGGCGGCGGCGGCUGUGGCGGAGGAGAAGAAGGCGGAUGGUGGUGGGGAUGGUGGUGGGGAUGGGAAGGAUGGAGAUGCGGUUGUGAAGGUUGUUGUGCUUGGUGAUCAUGGUAAGAGAGCGGAUGGUGAGACUGGAAAGAUGGAUGUGCAGGUGGCGAGUCAGGAGGUGGUUGUUGUUGGUGUUGGGGCUUAGGAUCUUGUGCUAUGGAAAGGGGGUUGCAGUGGUGAGGUAGGUGACAGGGAGGGGCACAUGACCGGACCGGUGGCGACAAGAUGGAAUUGUAUGGUGAUAUCUUGAACAAUCCCGAUUACUCCCUGGCGAUAUCGCGUAUGCUCGUGCCGAGGUUUCAGUCUGCCCUCGGAUUCGCCGGGGGCGGCGCAGAUUGUGCAUGGGCGGGUGUAUUGAUAGAGUCUGUGACUUAUGGAAUACAACUCCAGCAGCCGUCUGCUCUGUGAACCAAUCA